UCAGAAGUCUAGUCGUGUACGUGUAGUACAAACUGUACAAUGUACGUUUUUUGUUUGUAGAGAUGAUGAUCCGCAGUACGCGGAUGCUCUGCGACGAGCAUGACGUACGAUUCUUCGAUCUCUCGUAAAUCACGACGUUUUUUUCUUCCCAUCGUGACUUUUUAAGCUCUUGGAGUAAAACUUGUGUGUGCCGUGUUUGCGAAUAGACACAAAGAAUAUUCGUGUCUGUGAUCCUUAUUAAUACGUCAAUUUUUAUUACAUUACGAUGGUCUUAUCGAACCUUUGUUAAGAACAGUUUGUGAUUAUACACCGUUUUUUUGACUUCUCUUUAUUUUCAAUACCCUAGAAAAUGUUUUUGCUGCAACGUGACCAUAUAUAGGACACAAAGGAAAAAAAGAUCCCUUUUUAGUUUUCAUCCAAGUUGAAACUUGUGCACAUUUGUUGUUUUUUGUGCUCUCAAUUCGGAUUUUUCGGAAUGGCAGAUUUUGACGCUAUUUACGAAGAGGAGGAAGACAAUGAACAAAAUUCGGAGGAACAAUACGUUCCCGCUGUUCCCGAUCCCAUUGUCGUACGUGGUGCUGGUAACAUGACAGUUUUCGGCCUUAGCAAUCGUUUUGAAUCGGAAUUCCCCAAUGGACUUGUGUCUCGCGUUGCUCCUGAAGAAUUCAAAGCUACCGUCAUGCGAGUCAAUGGCGUCUUGAAGAAAACGCUGCCUGUCAAUGUAAAAUGGUUAUUUUGCGGUUGUGUCUGUUGUUGCUGUACUCUCGGAUGCUCCCUCUGGCCUGUCAUUUGCCUGAGUAAAAGGACUCAACACUCGUUGAACAAGCUGUUAGAAUGGGAAAACAGCAAACUUUAUCACAAAUUAGGUCUCCAUUGGCGACUGACCAAGCAGAGAUGCGAUAGCUCAUCCAUGAUGGAAUAUGUUCUUCUAGUCGAAUUCGUUCCCAAAAUACCGAUAUACAGGCCUGAUUAAAGACCAAGAGAAUUGCUGAUUAUGAAAUUGGAGGUGCGAAAAAGAAAAAAAGAAAACAUUGGACAAGUCGGAAUCACAAGGAUCUGAGAACGAUAUAGCGUUCGUAACAGCGAUGUGAAUUUUACGUAUUUUUGUAAAUAUACCGGUAGGUAGAAGAAGGAAAAACCGAAAAAAAUGGACAGUCGAGAGUUGGAUGAAAAAUUUGCUGUCGGAUAACAAAACGUCGAUAGAGAUUCGAAGAGGGUUGCACCGAAAUUAUCGAAACUCGAGGCUCGCGGGUCAGAUAAAUAAAAAGACGAUUAAAGCCAUCUCCGUCCUCCGAGACAACCGUAUAAUAAAAAAUAUUAAAUAUUAAUAAUGACGUUUAUGAUACAUACAUACAUAUAUAUGUAUAUAUACAUCUCGUAAAGUUUGCUAGGGUCAAAAGUGUUUAGUUUGGCCGCGUCUGAAUCUCGGGUGAUUUAUUGUUGUCCCGAUUCGUUAUUCGUUCUUUGAAGCUUUUACCUUUCCGCGUCUUACUCACGGAACGUAUCGAUGCCUUUCAUCUUUGUUUAUUUACGAGUUCAACCAUUGUAUUUUUCUUCUUCGUUAACAUUGUUACCAUAAUUGUUAUUCCAAUCGAUAAGAUACACGUGCAACGAACGAGUCACCGAAAUUUUGUUUUUCAUUUUUUUUUCUCGAUUUACACGAGUAUGGGAUCCUCGCAAAGAGACGAGCUUCUUUAUUCGACGAUCCAUCUAAACGGCUGUGAUUGAGAACACAAGACUAGAAUUAUAAAGCAAGAGCUUAGGCUGCUUGUUUCGUUUCUUUUUUUUUUACACAAAGAUCUAGAGAUGGAUGGCGAUAUUUUAAUUGGCUUGACAAUUAAUUUUUUGCUCGAAAGCGUUUUGCCCUGUUCACCGCUUUCGACUGUGCUAGCUUGACGACAAAACGCAUAGUUUAAAUAGAGUACACACGCUCCAUAUUCAAAGAUUUUUUAGUCAUAGAUUUUUUCUCGAGAUUUAAGAGAUCGGUGCAACCACGAAAAUUUUUGAAUGUGUGUCUGCGUGAAUGUUUGCGUGCGUUCAUAGGAGAUGAUCGUUAAACAAAAGCUUCACCUUUGUUGCCUUUCCACAAUGAUAAUUAUUAAAUUGCUUUUUCAUUGAUUAUAUGUGUAAUGCAACGUUAUAUCUGUUAUUCAGAUCUUUUCAUCGUAACACGCGUUGAUCAUGUUUCAUUGACUUUAUACGUACAGCAAUGGGCUAAAUCAAAUUUUUUCGUAUUCGCAUAUGAGAUGGGCAUUUUUAAAUUUACAAGCUUUCAAUCAAUGUUGAAAAUAUCACCAGUCACAAGAACGUAUUUCUCGUUAUGCAGCCGUACACUGGCAGAACAUUUUUUUUAAAUGGCACCAUUUUUUGAUAGCUGAAAUUCGUUGGAAAAUGAUUUAUCCACAGCUCCGAUGGAAAAGUAAAGAAUAUUAAUCAAAUAAUUGUCACGACGCAUCGUACCAUUUUACUGGUAAAAUCGAAUUUUAGUGAGAGUGCAAAAAUUCAAUAAUCUUAAAUAUCAAAAAAAAUCUAAGGAAACGAAGACGUAGUCUUUACAUGUGCCUUUCGGUCAUGAAAUGGGAUAAAAUGGAUAAGUUAACAGAAUGAAAUGUAUGUAUCGUAGUAGAGCAGUUCCUACGAAACAAUGUAAAUAAUUUUAGACUAUAGAAAUAGUAGUUGCGAGCUGUAGUGUGCUAGAAGUAACAAUGAAAAAAUACUAAAACGAAACUAAGUGAAAAUAAGAGUGAAGAAAACUUGGCAUAUCGUGAAAUUGUAAAUCUUGAACUAGCUCGCUCUGGUAGUGCGAUAUCGAGCGGAGGCAUAGAAUAUAGUGUCGAAUAAAAACGAAUUUAAAACGAAAUAAGAAUCUUCGUAAUCAUGAAAACGUUUGAAUUCGUCCUAAUCGAUGGAAUAAAUAAAAUAAUAUUACUA